AUGGAUGAGGAGAUGAGGGCUGAUGUUGUCUCUGGAGAGCAAGAGGGAGUCGUUCAUGAGUGCCGUCGCCCUCCCCCUUAUACCUUCAUCUCCGCGUAUUCUGAACUCCAUGCUUUUUUCACCAUGGUCUCAGAGGAACAACUGUAUCGCCGGUCAAGCUUCUGA